UCUGCGUAUAUUGGCUUCAUGUAACAUUUUCGGCUGGAAAUUUGGAGGUUUCAGUUUAACUCCUUCCGAUGAGAGCCAUGGAGGAUUGGAAUGAUGAACAGUGUGAUGACACCCUCACCAUGACCACCGUUUCUCAGCACUUUUUCGGCGAUGAUUCUGAAACGCCAAGCUUCUCCAUCUCCAUCAUCGAGAACAUGAAGGAAGACUAUGGCCUAUUCGUGUGGCCCUGCAGCGUAGUUCUCGCCGAGUACAUUUGGCAACACAAGCAUCGAUUUUCAGGAGCCACCGUUGUUGAGCUAGGUGCUGGAACUUCCCUGCCUGGCUUGGUUGCAGCAAAACUCGGUGCCCGUGUCACUCUUACUGAUGACUCCACCAGAUUAGAGGUGCUUGACAACAUGAGAAGGGUUUGUGACUUGAACAAACUUGAGUGCAAUGUGUUGGGAUUGACAUGGGGAGUUUGGGAUUCAUCCAUAUUCAGUUUACAGCCAACAAUUAUUCUAGGGGCUGAUGUGCUGUACGAUUCAAAAGCCUUUGAUAACCUCUUUGCCACUGUGACUUUCCUGCUCCGAAAUUCUCCUGGGUCAACUUUUAUAACCUCAUACCAUAACCGAAGUGGGCAUCACCUUAUUGAGUUUUUGAUGGGAAAAUGGGGCUUAAAGUGUCUGAAGCUUCUUGAUGGGUUUUCCUUCUUGCCACCUGACAAAGCAUCACUGCUAAGUGGUAACAUUCAAUUGGCAGAGAUAGGUCUUAUCUCAAAAGAUAAUGCUUGAGUUGCUUAAUCUUGAGACAUGGUAUCAAGCAGCAAUAUUUAUGGAUGGGGAACUGAGAUGCCAACCGUUGAGGAAUUUUCUAAUAUUAUUUUUUUCAAUAGGUUUUUGAGUUAUAUUUGGACUUUUAAUUUACCUUUAAGAAUCUCUAGGUGUGUUCUUAUACAUGUAUAAAACAAAUGUUUACAUGUUGAUAUUUGCAGUGCUGUCAAGUGGCUAGAGCCUGAAACCAUAUAAUUAGUUCAAAUUGAUAGUUUAAGACAUUUUUCUUUUGCGAUGAAAACAGUUACAUUCUUCACAACUAUUCA